CUUAUGUAUAGAUUGUUGAAGUAGUGUGCCGCUAGCUGACUCCCUUACAGAUGACACUGUACAACCACUUCACACACUCCAAAAAUGUUAAGCGCUUGAUAUCUGAAGAAGCAAAGAGUACUAAAGUUUUGGCAUAUAUUACUGCCCUUAAGAAAUUAUGCAACCAUCCGAAGAACUUAUUAUGCCCACGACCACUGCCAUGGACUUUGUGGCCGGCCUGCUUAUCCUUGAUGUGGCUACAAUGCGCGAACCAGUGUUCGACUUUGAACGCCGACAUGGACGGCGGCCUCAAGUGCUACACCAUCUUCUUGGUUGAGGGUCUGAUAAUGGACUUAACACAACUGCUGGAGAGAGAUUAAAAUAUUGAAUAUGGUAGCAGAGGAGGAAGCUGAAGUUGGUAGAUUAAUAGAGCGAGAGUUCCAGACCCAGGUAAGUUCAUAAUUGAGUUGUGUGUAAGACCAGUGCUACAUGGUUCCACUUUGCGUCUCUGUAAUUAUUUAGCUGAAGGUGUGCAUGAGAAUUAGCUAUUUAUUAUUGUGUACUUUUAACUUUAGAAACAUUGAAGUUGUCCCUUUUUUAUCAAUAACUUCAUGUGGAAAAGUAUUCUUUUCAAGGGAAUCAUGGUUAAGAAUUUGUAUUAGAGGUUGGCAGUGAUACUAUAGUAAGUUUGCAUUUUAUACUAGCU